UCAAAUUCAGCUGGCUUCACUUUCCUGCUUCCUUAAACCAGAAAUAGACCCCUCCAUUUCUUCAAAUAAGAAAUAUAUAUCUGGAAAAUUUUGGAAUUUAUUAGACGAAGAGAAAAAUAGAAAUAUGAGGAUACAGUGCAACGUGUGCCAGGUGGCGGAGGCGAAGGUGCUGUGCUGCUCCGACGAGGCGGCGCUGUGUUUGGAGUGCCACGAGAAAGUCCACGCCGCGAACAAGUUGGCCAGCAAACAUCAUCGUGUUCCCCUCUCUUCUUCUCACAUGCCUAAAUGUGACUUUUGCCAGGAAGCAUCUGGGUUUUUCUUUUGUUUGCAAGAUCGAGCUCUACUCUGCAGAAAAAGUGAUAUUACUAUACAUACAGCAAAUCCUUAUGUCUCUAGUCACCAAAGAUUUGUGCUUACUGGAGUAAAGGUUGGUCUUGAAACAUCAACUGACCAUGUUGGAUCUUCUUCCAAUGUUAAAUCACCUUGUAAUGAAAAAACCUCGGGAACCAAAUCCAAUUCUACGUCUAAAAGCUGGGCUCCUAUGGCAUUUACAAGCGAAUACAACAAGGUUCUUCCAUCAACUGUUGGAGUUGAGAACAGUGUGCCGGAAAAAAUGUCAUAUGGUGGGGGUUCUACGGCUGGAAUCAUUCAACCAUGGCAAGUGGACGAUUUACUUGGGCUAACUGACCUUAAUCAAAGCUUUCGUUACAUGGAUAACGAGUUAUCUAAGGUAGGCUUGUCAUCUCGGUUUUGGUUCUAUAUUUAAUGUUUUUCUUAUGUAGAAUGGAGGCCAUCCAUGUUCUUAACCUUAUAUGUCUUUCUGCGGAUCAUGUGUUUACUUACAUUGUACAAAAGUUACUUUUACUAGGAUGGUAAUUAAAUAAUCCACACAUUAGGUCGA